AUGCUACGGGAGCUAAGUAGACUAAGAGACUAUGUGAUCAAACUGGAAUUCCGUGUCAAUUCCCAAGAAAAACAGAUCCUAGAACUAAAAGCCCGUUCUCUUGAAAAUAACAUUAUCAUUAACGGAAUUAAUGAACAUGAUCCGGAAAGAGGGAACGACGAAAACCUGGCAAAAAUAAUACAAAACGUUUUUGAAAAGGAACUGGAAAUGGAUAAGGAGUCUGUUGGAAACAUGCAUAUUAAGGCCCUAUAUAGAAUGGGUGACAGAGACGCAAGAAGAAAAUUUCCUAGACCGGUGUGUAUCCAGUUUGCUGACAAAAUUUACAAAGAUAUGGUGAUGAGGAAGAUCCCGGUACUCCGCAGUAAAAAGUCGCCCAUCAGAAUAGCCAGCCACCAGCCAGAGGAGCUGAGGGAAAAACGCAGGAAACUGUUUGAUAUACAACAGAAGUACGCUGCCAAAAAUGUGGACACGAAAAUCAAGGGAGACAAGUUGGUUUUUACAAGGAGCGGCAACAUAUACAGAGACAAACUGGGCCAACGUCCAUCCGCUGACGAGGUCAUCUCAGGUGAAGAAAUCAAAAGUCCAAUCUCUGCGGGUAAACAAAUAGAGGACAACGGUAAUCGGUUCACCGCCCACGCUACACCGACCGAAUCUCUCAAGCAGGUCAGAGGAGCCCUCAUCGAUAUCAUGCGUGUCCCUACAGUGUCAAGUGCGAGCCACAAUGUGUUUGCCUAUCGAUUUAAGAGCAACGACGGAACCAUUCACGAGGGGGCGGACGACGACGGAGAACAUGGGGCAGGGAGAGCCUUGCUGAGAUCCCUUGUCGAUAAUGAACAUCUAAAUGUAACUGUCGUAGUAUCAAGAUGGUAUGGAAGCAAAAUAGGUGCGCGCAGAUUCGUUCAUAUAAAGGAUGUCGGAUUGAGCGCAGUGAAAAACAUCAAUACUGACUCCGGGUAAACAAUAGUGGUGGCGAAGAACAAAAUACGGUAUUUCCCUGUGUAACUUAAUGACCAUUUUCCUCUUAUGGAUAUAUAAUAUAUAUAUUUAAAAAGAGACUUUUUUUUACUUUAUUGUUCUCACAAUUGUAUGACCUUUUUCAUGAUUACCUUCAAUCUACCUGAUUUGUAAAUUUUCUAUGAUUUUUCCAUUUUUUUCUGCAUUUUUCCCUAUUUUAUUCUGUUUAAAGUGUUAUUAAUAAUGCGCUAUCGUCCGCCAAUUUUCUUUCAUUGUGUAUGUUACGCCGGAAUUUCUCAGUGUACAAUUCGGGUUUUAUAUUUAUUAUCAGCAGAGUCGUAUCCGGUUUAACAGCUGGGAAUCAGAGAUUGAAUCUUUUCUCUGUUCUUUUCCGUUUUCCCCCCUUUUUUGUUUUUAUAUAAAGUCACAACACUUUGACAACACCUGAGAGAUAUGCGUGCGUUAUCCUUUAAAGAGUAAGUGUUACUUUUAGACGUGAUUUUGUUCUUUAUUACAUGCUUAUGUACAUGAGUCGGGAGGAUGUAAUUAUGCGUUUAAUUUUACAAAUAAUAAGUAAUUCUCCAAUUGAAUUACAUCCUCACAAUUAACUUCUAAACAUAACUGUACAUGAGGAUAAGCACUGCUGUCUCUUCAAACGUCCCUAUUUUAAAGCUUAUAUUACAAUCUUUUUUCAUAUAUGUGUAUAACCAAGUACAGGGUCAUGUUAAAAACUAGUUAAAAUAAACUACCAUGCAUUUGCCAGUCUGCGCAAUAUGUACCUUUUCUAAUAUGCACAGCCUUUUAUUUUCAAUAGGGAACAUAAUAUCCCUCUCUUCUCUCUAUCGGGGCAUGAUAUUUGUUAUGUAUUUUGUGUUUGACAAUGGUUAAAUUAACAGAUGAUUAUAUGACCAACCAACUGAAAAUCAUCUCUGUAAAUUGUCAAGGACUAGGGGAUAAAAGAAAGUGUCAAGAUGUUUUAAUGAAUUUAAAACUGAAAAAAUAUAAUGUUUAUUUUAUUCAAGAUACACAUUUUACAACUGAAGAAGAAAAUUAUAUAGAAACAAUGUGGGGUCAUGAGGUCUUUUUUAGUUCAUAUAAGUCAAAUUCAAGGGGAAUUGCAAUUCUCUUUAAUGAUAAUUGUGAAGUUAAAGUACAUAAAAAUUACAGAGAUGAAAAUGGAAAUUAUCUUAUUUUAGAGGCUACAAUCGACAACCUACAAUUUUUACUAGUCAACUUAUAUGGCCCAAAUUCUGAUACCCCAGAGUUUUAUUCCCAAUUGUUAGGAAAGAUAGAAGAAAUUUACUCAGGCCAAUAUGUUAUAAUAGGUGGGGAUUUUAACUUAGUAUUGAAUCAAGACCUAGAUACAAUGAACUAUAAAAGAAUAAAUAAUCCUAAGGCACAAGUAGAAGUUCAUAAACUCAUGGAGACUCUUGACUUAAUUGAUAUUUUUAGAGAAAAUACUCCCACAUUAAGAAGAUACACCUGGAGAAAGAGAAACCCAAUUAAACAGGGAAGACUUGAUUUUUUUUUGAUCUCACAAUCUUUUUUAUCUCUGGCUCCACAAAUAAAGUUUGAAAAUAGUUAUCGAUCAGACCAUUCACCAGUAGUAUUAAUUUUUAAAACAAAUGAAUUUAAGAGGGGUAAAGGUUUUUGGAAAUUUAAUAAUUCACUACUAACAGACAAGGAUUAUGUUAAACUAAUUAAGGAAAAGAUUUGCGAGGUUAAGCUACAAUAUGCCUGUUUAGUCUAUAAUAGAGAAUUAAUCCCAGAGAUAGACAAUGACAUAAUAUCUUUUACAAUAAAUGACCAAAUAUUUCUAGACAUCUUGUUAAUGGAAAUAAGAGGAAAAACAAUCUCAUACUCUACUUUUAAGAAGAAAAAUGCAAGUAAGCGAGAAUCACAAUUAGAAAAAGAAAUACUAAUUCUGGAACAAAACUUAGGAGAACAAUCCUUGCCUGAUAUUACCAGUAAACAAAAUGAACUUGAGAAUAUUAGAAAAGAAAGGCUUAAAGGACAGUGUUUACGGUCAAGAAGCAAAUGGAUAGAGGAAGGUGAAAAGCCUUCUAAGUACUUUACU